AUUCAAAACACGAAAAUUUAAAAAAACAACGGCUGCUAAUAACUGAAAUGUGUGUGUUUAUUUGAAUUGAAUUAAUAAUAUAAUACAAGAGUGAUCACAAGCUAAAAAAUGCCAUCUGUAUAUACUUUCACACAUAGUCACAAUGAUAUUCUUAAUGCACUGGUGGAAGUGUUCAGUAUAGGGCGAGGCACUAUGAGGGAACAAUGGACAACGCAGGCUGAAAUACUCGUAGAGCCAGUAGGAUGGGAUGCUCUCUGGAAACUGUCAAAGAGAUUCUGUAAGAAAUUUGAAGCAAGAUUUCCCUGCAUUGCCUUGAUCACAGUAACAUCAGUAGACUAUGAGGAGCUCACAGCUGAUGUUGAUGUGUUAAGUGUCCAGCAUGAAUCUGUAUCAUUACCAGAGAGGGUUACUGACGUGCCGUUUAUAGAACUGUGGCCAACUGUGAAACAGAGGGAGGAGUUUGUGAAUGCUGAGGGUACUGCUGAGUUUAUAGAUUUAAUGAGAUUUUAUUAUGAAAACUUAUGGAUGCCAUGGGAUGACCAAGACAACAAAGUUAUUUUGUCAAAAACUGUAGAGGACAGAAUGAGCCUCUGGUUAGAACUUCACAAUGGGUCUAUACCCAAUUCAGUGGCAAGGUCAAUAAUAAUGCUACGUAAUAGUGCUAUUAAUGCUCACGAGAAGUUGAGGGAACUUGACUCCUCUUUGUGCGAGGGGGGUAUGGCUGAUGAAGAUGAUUCACUAUUGCCGUCGAAUUACAUAUCUCAAUGUGCAGAGAUGAAUGCAAACCUAGAUAGUUUGAUACCCAAGUGGAGUUUAUACGAAGACCCUCUUGUUAGGGAACACUACUUGGCACUUGCAAGAACUAAAUGGCAAGAAAACAAGAGCAAGAGGAAUGUGGUUGCACUAUGGCAAGGCGGUAGUAUGAAAGAGUUCACAAACAUCUCCAAUUUCCUUAAAUCAAAAGUCAGCAAUGAACAGAACCUAAUGAUAAUGGUUUCAGCUGAGGAAGGUCUGUCAUUGGAACCAGAAGAAGUGAUAGUUUGCAGCAGUAAUUAUGAAGUACCUGAAAUGCCACUGUUGCGAAUAUCUUUGUGCAGUUUUAAUGGUGCUACUCUCAAAGCGACUGAGAUGAGGUCCUGUUUACUGAUGAUGAGUGAAGAGUGCAAAAUACAAGAUCUGAUACUGAACUGUGCGCGCGUGAACACUAUUAUAGUUAUGCGAGCUGGUUCUCUGCAUGUCAAAAACUGCAAGUUCUCGGAUGAUUCGGAAAAUUGUCAGAGUGACUUCGCGCAAGGAAUUGUGGCGAUGUCUGAAGCAAAAAUAAUAGUCGAGGACUGCACAUUUGAAAAUUUCUACUCGGGACUGGUGGUCCACGAAGGAGCGCAGGUUGAACUACGAAACUGUGCAAUAAAACGGUGCGGAGUAGGUAUACAGAUGUACUCCGGUUCGCAUGUGAAGCUGGAUGGCACUGUAAUAUCAAGCUGUACGGAACAGAGCAUACGCUGUGAACUCAGCGCUAAUGUGGACUACAAGGGUGCUGGAAUGGACGGUCUGGAGGUAGCAUCAAACUGCAAGAUUGGUGCUGGUAACUUACAGCAGGAAGUGUUAGUUGUGAAACAAGAUAGUGAUAUGUUGUAGCUCAUGCAAGAAAACGAUAAUGUUGAUCGUUAAUAUUAUAUACAUAACAUCAGACAUCAUCACAGAAUUAAGAACAGAUACAGAAACUAUGUACACGCCUAAUAUUGAAG